CACCCAGCCAUUCUCGGCUUUCCCCCUCCGGGCUGCUGGGGCCAGCUAUGCCAUGCAGUCCACCCCUGGAACGGAGAGCACUGCCAGCCAGGCCCUGGCCCCUGCCACCCAGACACCUGCACCUGGAGGAGGAGGCGUCCCCGUGGAGUAUGGCUGCUCCCAGCCCCACUCCAUACCCAACAGCCGUCCCCAGGAUCCUGUCCCCAUGGCCACCCACCAGCAGGAUGGUCACAGCUGUGGAGAGUCAAAGGGGUCCAGGAGCUGUGAGGACACCUCAGAGCAGCCAGCCACAGCCUCACUCGGCCGGUCAGGCCCAAGCUCCCAGCGCUCUGACCGCCCACUGAAGUCCCAGCAUGUCCCCCAGAAGCAGCAGGCCUCCCCGACCGUUCCUGUGGGCUCAGACCCCUGGGGUGGCCCAGGCCUCGGGCCUUGGGACCCCAGCUUUACCAGUGACACGCUGCCCUUCCUAGACAGGCUGCCAAAGCCCAAGGCAGGCCCUAGGCCGCCCUCCAUGCACUACUGUGAAGUCUGCAGGGUCAGCUGUGCAGGGCCGCAGACCUAUCGGGACCACCUGGAAGGACAGAAGCACCGAAAGAAACAGGCCGCUCAGAGGACAGGCACACCGCCCAGUGGAGGUCUGAGAGGGUCCCAGAGCCUGCACUGCGGCCUCUGUGCUGUGUCCUGCACCGGGGUGGACGCCUAUGCUGCCCACAUGAGGGGAGCCAGGCACCAGAAGGUGUUCAAGUUGCACAGCAGGCUAGGGAAGCCCAUUCCCUCUGAGCCUACAACACGGAGUGUCACCUACACCCGAGGCUCCGACAGCACCUAUGAGACCUCGGUCGAGCAUGAGGCUCACACCAGUCACAGCUCUUACACCUCAGGCCGGCUAGCAAAAGGAUCAACAACCUCACACAAGGGGCCACCUGAGCUCCAGACAGUUCACAGUCGACCUGGAGAAAGGCGACCAUCACACCCCAAGGCGGAGGCCACUAAGGGAUGCCCUGGAGAAGCUUCAGGGACCUAUGGAGACAUCGAGCCCGUGGGGACGGAGUAUGUGGAGGAGGUGCGCAGCGAUGAGGGGAAGGUGAUCCGAUUCCGAUGCAAGCUCUGUGAAUGCAACUUCAAUGACCGUAAUGCCAGAGACAUGCACCUGACUGGGCGCCGGCACCGGCUGCAGUACAGGAAGAAAGUGGACCCUACACUUCCGGUGGCUGCCCGGCCCAGCGGCCCCAUGCAGAGGGUGCUGGUCAGGCGGCUGCAGAGGCAGCGACAGCAGACACAGGCAAGGCUGGAGGAUGCGCGGCGCUGGAGCUCUGAGCUAAGACAGCAAGAAGAACAUAGCAGGCAGCCUAAGGAGCCCUCCCAGCCCCAGGUUGAUGAACACCCACCCGGAUUACCUGCCUGGGCCCUGCCUGUUACCCCUGCCAAGCCAGGGAUGGCCACCUCCCGGCGCCAGUCAGGGCGCCGGCCAGAGAGCAGCGACGACCGGCAUGUCAUGUGUAAACAUGCUUCCAUCUACCCCACCGAAGAGGAGCUGCAGGCCAUCCAGACAGCUGUGUCCCACACAGAACGCGCCCUCAGACUGGUGUCAGACACACUGGCUGAGGAGAGCAGCCUUAAUAGCACCCUGGCACCUGCACCACCGAGGAUACUCAAGGGUGUGGCUCGGGUUGGCGCUCUGGCCAAGGGGCUGGUCCUGCGUGGGGACCACAGUGUGCAGCUGACCCUGCUGUGCUCCAAGAAGCCCACGCACUCUCUCCUACAGAGGAUCAAGCAAGAGCUGCCCAGAGAGCUCUCGAUAGUGGCAGAAGACAAGUAUGAAGUCUCAUCUGACCAUGAUGCCAACAUUGUUAUCUCGGCCUGCGUGGAGCCCGGGGUGAAGGUCACCGUGUCUGCUACCUCACCUCUGAUGCGUGAAGACCCCUCCGUAAAACGAGGACUGCAAGACUCUCUGUCUGACCCAGAGGAUGUCCUGGACCGGGAGAGAUGCCUUGAGACCCUGGCAGCCCUCCGUCAUGCCAAGUGGUUCCAGGCUCGAGCCAGUGGCCUGCAGCCAUGUGUGAUUGUCAUCAGGGUUUUGCGGGAGCUAUGUCGCUGCCUGCCCCCCUGGGGGGCUCUGCCUGCCUGGGCCAUGGAACUGCUGGUGGAGAAGGUGCUGAGCAGUGCACCCCGGCCCCUGAGCCCAGGGGAUGCUAUGCGGCGGGUCCUGGAGUAUGUGGCCACAGGUGCGCUCCUCACAGAUGGCCCAGGGCUACAGGAUCCCUGUGAGAAAGGGCCACAGGAUGCCCUGGAGCCCAUGACCCCACAGCAGCGAGAAGACCUAACGGCCAGCGCACAGCGUGCCCUGCGUCUCGUGGCCUUCCGACAGAUACACAAGGUCCUUCACAUGGAACAGUUACCCCCACGGACCAGAUUUGGGGCCCGGGCCCGGAAGAGGAUAAGGGAGGCUAGUCAGGCCCAGGAGGGAGCCGGGGAGAGGAAGCGGGGCCGGCAGGGCACAGCUGGACUGCUAUGAGCCAGUCAUCACCACAGGCCUGAACUGGUGUGGGCCCUCUGGUUGCUGCCCCCCCCAUGCGGACACCUUUGACCAUUGGAUCUGUAGGUUUAUUCACAAUGCUGGGGCUCCCACUGUGGUGAUCCCCAUGCCCAUGGCUAUCACCCCACCCCCAGCCACAUAGCAGUGAACUCCAUUUCUUGGUACUAAUUACAUUUUGAAACUCCCCUGAUGUCAUAAGAAGCAGGUGGGGGAUCUGAAUUGCUUUCUUGAGAUGCCAGGAAGGGUGGCCUGGAAGAUUCUAGAAGUCACAGAGUGGAGUUGGAGGGGCAGAGAGCACAGAAUGGGAUUUCCCAGACCCAAACCCAACCAUAUCCUUCACCCAGAUACCUUCCUCCACCUCAGCUGUGAGGGCACAGAUGGCCCCUGGGACACUGUCACCCCACAGUGGAACCCCAGCCCCAGUCACUGAGUGCCUUCUGCAAACAGAGCCCCCUCCACCCCAGGUCACCCUGCAGACCAUUGGCUGUGGGAAAAGCUGUGCCCCAUUAGGCCACCCCGAACCCCCCGGUACCACCCAAAGCUUCGACCCUGCUCCGUUUUGCCUGUGGCUUUUAAAGGCUAGCCCACACAUGGUGCAAUGCCCAGAGUCUGUACAAUCAUCCAGAAUUUGGCUGGGGUGGGGAAUAAAGCAGAUCUGUUCCUGUGA